AUCGGCGCCGACCAGUUACCUUGCUUGCUUGGGUAUGGCGGUUGUACUUUACGCAGGAUCUCCAUGACGGAAGAAAAAGCAAUGGAGAGUGGAAAUCUUUCGCCGCUUGGUGGCUCCGAGGAGCACGAUCCACUCUGCGCCAUAUGCAACAGUGGUUACAAGCAACCUAGAUUGCUGGCCUGCCUGCACACCUACUGUGAGACUUGUCUUGAAUCGACAUUAGAAAAGCAGGCUGCGGCAAACAAAAGCAAUGCUGGGAAACACGAACUCGAAUGCCCCGAAUGUGGCCACAGGACAAAAAUAGUGGGGCGAGGUGUUGUGGACAGCUGUCCAUUGGAGCACAUAAUGGUAAACGAGCUGGAUCGUGCCGCACUAGAAACUUUGAGCAUGGUGUGCACCUCGUGCAAGGCCAAGGAGACAGCGGUUGCCCGCUGCAAUGACUGUGCCUCCUUCUUGUGCAACAACUGUGUGACCGCGCACCGCUACAUGCGCUGCUUUGAGAGCCACGCCGUGGUGACCUUCGAAGAGCUGGGAGGUGCACCAGACCCUGACCAGAUGGCUCAGGUGCAUCGGCCACUCACCUGCCUCACCCACACCAGCGAGCUGCUCAAACACUACUGUCUCACUUGUCAGGUGCCUAUCUGCAAUGAGUGCACACUGGGCGAGCACAAGCCUCCUGACCACGAGUGCGAACGGGCCUCUGAGGCGGGUGCCAAGCAGCGAGAGGAGAUGAAGACACUGCUCGCAGAAAGCAAGAACCACCUGCAAUCUUUCGAAGAAUCUCUCGAACUUCUGCAAAAUGGUCUCACAGACCUCCAGCAACAGCGGGACACAGCCAAGACUGCAAUCCAGGAGGCAUUUGAGAAGUUCAAGUCUCUUCUGGAAAGGCGCCAGGAAGAGCUCCUUGAAGAACUGGAAAAGUUACACUCUGAGGAAGAGCUGCACAUAAUGGACUCGCUGCACCUAGCAGAGAAGACUACAGAGCACAUUGAAGAGGCCUGCCACUUUGGGAACCGCCUGUUGGAACAUGCGAAUGCUGUUGAGCUCCUGUCUCUUAAACAGGUGGUGAGCACACGCCUAAGGAGCCUUAUUGCGGACACCCCAAAGCUGGAAGCACCAGGCGAAAUAAGGUUCGAGUUUAACGUUGAUCACUUUGAAAAGACACUGGCUUCUCUCUGCGGCCAGUUGCGACAACCUCGGACCGUGUCCGUUCCUUCACCGCCACCACCAGCACAACAGGCCACUCUGUCAGCAUCACCAACACCUUCCUCCUCUCCAGUGGGUUGUCUUGGGGGCAAUGCUUCUUCCUCACCCAUCCAUUCUGCCUCCUCAUCUAUAGGUGGAGGCAACAUGUCUCCACUGCAUUCCGCAGCAUCGUCGCUUGGGGGCGGUGCUAGCAAUAGCACAUCCAUGGUUGUUGGGUGUGCUAGCAUGUCCCCAAUCCACACCAACGCGUCUCUUGUAGCUGCCGCAGGGGGUGUGGGCAGUCUUUCGCCACCUCUCCAUCACUCUGGAGCGUCGUCGUUAGAGGAUGCAGCGGCAGCUGGAGAUCCGUUUGCAGCACUUUCUGCAGGAGCGCCCCUGGAGGUCGGCCUGCUGACAAGUGCAGCAGCACAGUACAACCUAGCACGCCUCGCAAACAUGGCAGAAGGCCCCGAGGAUCCAGAGACAACCCCUGAUGGUCCCGUCACAAUGGCAGAUCUGCUGCUGGACCCAUCACUAAGCGUGUCAGCAGCAGAGCAGAAUGUACUGAAUAACCUGACUGCCCUCGCCAAGCUUGGAUCGGUGUCACUCAACAAUGCAGGCCAAAUCAUGUUGAAUGGACAAGUAGUGCCGGGGCUGACUCUGGAGCCAAACGCACAGACCUCUCCUCCUCCCCCUCUGCUCUCCUCUGGGCGGCCGAGCAGCAGCAGCAGCGGCAGCCUUGGCUCGCAUCAGCAGCUGCUGGACUCGCUGCUGAACGGCUCAGCGCUGUCCCCUCGCUCCUCUUCUCGAGGCUCACCCAUGCUGGACAGCCUGGUCAAUGGCAGCUCUAUACUGGGGCAAAGGGUGCCCAUCCUGGCAGCUGGCAGCGGUCUCGUGUCUCCAUCACUGUCUGUGCAAUCUGGAUACGUGCCUCCUCCACGUAGUGCCAGUACGAAGUUGAACACGAUGCAGAUAAGGUGCAAAUUUGGCCAAUUGGGCCCGAGCAAGGGCCAGUUCAGCUCGCCCCAUGGCUUCUGCUUGGGCCUAGACGAAGAGAUCAUCGUGGCUGACACUAACAAUCAUCGCAUCCAGGUGUUUGACAAGUCUGGGGAGUUUAAGUACACCUUUGGAGUGGCUGGAAAGGAGGAAGGACAGCUGUGGUAUCCCCGAAAGGUGGCUGUUAUCAAGAGCAGCGGCAAGUAUGUCAUUUGCGAUCGAGGGAACGAGCGGUCACGUAUGCAGAUCUUCACCAAGGGUGGCCACUUUAUCAAGAAGAUUGCAAUUCGCUACAUCGACAUUGUAGCAGGCCUAGCCAUCACUUCUGAGAAUAAGAUUGUCGCUGUGGACAGCGUGUCGCCGACCGUCUUCGUCAUUUCAGAGGCAGGCGAGCUUCUGCUCUGGUUCGACUGCAGCGAGUACAUGAGGGAGCCCUCAGACAUUGCCAUCAGUGGCCGAGAGUACUACAUCUGCGAUUUCAAGGGCCACUGUGUCAUAGUGUUCAAUGAUGAAGGUCACUAUAUCCGCAAGAUUGGUUGCGACGGUAUGACCAACUUCCCCAACGGUAUCGACAUCAGUGAUGCGGGCGACGUGCUUGUGGGGGACAGCCAUGGCAAUCGUUUUCACGUUGUGGUCUUCUCGCGCGACGGCUUGCUCCUGUCAGAGUUUGAGUGCCCCUACGUGAAAGUGAGCCGCUGCUGUGGCCUCAAGAUCACCUCGGAGGGCUACGUGGUCACACUGGCAAAGAACAACCACCAUGUGCUUGUGCUCAACACUCUUUACAUUGUCUGAGGGGUUGGCGGGGGUGCCCCACCUCCGAAGCAGCGCGUUUUCAGCUGGCUGCUUUAUUUUUUUUCUUCUUUUGUUGUCCCCUGUUACCAUUGGGCAGCCUCCCAUGUGCGCCUUGCCUUUGCUGCGCGUUCACCCUCUCCUCCCUACCUCCUCCGGCAUCCUUUUGAUGCACGCGUGUCGGCUCUGUUUGGUGGCACCAAGGAGGCCCCUUCCUCGCUGCUUUCAGUUGAUCACUCGUCGUUUUCCAUCUUCACAUUGUUGUCCUUCAUUUCAUUAGGUGCCUUAUCAUGCUUUUUUUUUUUUUUUUUGCUUGUUAGCUACACUGCCUCAUUUUUAUUGCUGUUUUUGUAUAGCCCUAUCCCCACCUGCCUUUAUUUUGCUUGAUUGCUUCCCGCAUUUCUUCCUCUUCUCCCUCCCCCCUCCCAUAUUUCGAAGCAGAAGCUCCUUGGAACUGUUCCUGGGCAUUGUUACUCUUCCUAAGAAGGGCUUGACACGAGCAUAGUUUCCAAGGCACAAUGCACAGCCGACUGUCAUAGCUAGUGAUGUGGCUUUUGGCACCCCCAGCUUCUUCGGGUGCUGUGGGCAGUUAGUAGCCAAAAAUGAACUGUUUUUUUUUUCCAGGUUAUUCUCUAUUUCAUGACACUCCUAUGUGAUUUAGUGACCGCUCUCCACUGUGUGUUGCCUAUUGCACGUCAUCUUUUAAAAAUUUUACCUCUUUCUUCAGUUGCUAUCCUGUCUUCCUUUGUCUACAUCCUCUGUGCGUUAAUGAUUAUUAGCUAGGCUCCCAAAGACAAAGUAAUAAUGCCUUGGUGUUCACACCAUUUAGCGUCCUUUCUCUCUCUCAUCCAUCCCCCGCUGCUGUUCCUGUCCAUUCCUGGAGAGUGUGAGCAAGUGCUUGGGCGGUGUUGUGUUGUAGCGCCAUGUUCUUCACUCCCACUCACACUACCUGGCCACCUACUGUUCGCACACGAGCUUGAGAAGACACACAAAUUGCUAACUGUGAUAUUCUUAAAACGUUUUUUGCUGUGUAGUUAUAGUGUUGUUAACAUUUCAUUUUUUUUUAUUUUCCUAUCAACUCUUUGAAAACAGUCCCUUGUCUGGCCUGUAAUCUCAUCUUUAAGAUUCAGUCUUGUUUUCCAUUUUUUACUUGAAGUAUUUCUUCUGGCCAGUUGUUCUUGCUAGUGUAAGCAAGCAUUACAGUCUUGUAAGCUAUUCCAGUACAAACAUUUGUUUCUUUUCACUUUAAUUAUUUUCUUCUCGAUUUUUCAGUGCGCGUCGCCAUGUUGAAGCGCGACAUUCCCUGCCUUAGCUAGGAGCUUGUUUUGUGCUCCUGUUAGUCUUCUGGAUAGCCGUCUACUUAGCUUGUAAAAAUGAAAAAGCAUGUUUAUAACAUGGCUGGUCUCUCAACAUAAUAGCAGCUAUGUGCAAGUCUGCUGGCACAAAAUGGGCAGUUUAGAAGCCUUCUGUGCUCAGCAUUUAUAUUCUUGCAUUUCUGCGAUAUUUGCAGUGGUGGUUUUAUAUGCCCCCUUCAAUCAGCAUACAGCUUUAUUGCUGCUGACGUGGCUCCUUUAUUUUUGAAAAUGUUUCUUUUUCUUAAUGAAAAAAAUAUAAGGAUCUUUUCCUGUGUCAUCAUACAGUUAACAGCUGUUUUGUUUACUUUUUGUAAUGAUACCAGUCGCUUAUUAUCACACAUACAGCUGAAAACGUUAGUUACAGAUUGGGAUUCUUUUUUGGUUCCUGCUAGGUAUCCUCAGGUUUAGCGUCAACCAUUGGAAGACACCGACCGUCUAGGAGAAUCAUAUGAAUAUAUAUAUAUAUAUAAUAUAUAUAUAUAUGUAUACACACAACAUAUAUAUACCCUCGUGCCUAGUCCUUUUUACUAUGAUUUAGUGGUUUUUUAUACAUAUAUAUAUAUAUAUAGUAUAUACAUAGCGAAAUGUGCCAUGUGGGUUCACUCCCAGCUCUAUUCUGAAGUGAAAGAAAAACAAAAUGGAAAAAAAAAGACAGUAUGUGUUGCACCGUGUACCAGUACUCGCAGGUAUAUCACAAAAGUGUAAACGGCUGAAACUGUAUUUACAUACAAGCAGCAGCAGCAGCCGCCACUGCAGCAACAUUGUCAUCGUCCUUGAAGGAGGUUUGUCACACAAUCUUCCCACUCUUUAUCACCUCCUCUCAGCAUGAGCACUCGCAUCCUUCCACCGACUAUUUCCAUGUCCUCCCCCAUUUUCCUUCUGCGCUUCGAGAGCCAAUAGAAAGGGAGAAAAAAAGAAGGCAGAUGCUCAAGCGGCUCUUGUGUCUUCUCACGCCAAGUCCCACCCCUCCCCCCUCCUCACUCUCUCUCUCACCUUUCUAACUGCUGACUCGUUGCGGAGGCUGUUCCUGCUUUCAGAAAAACUACCAAGUUUCUGAGCAGCUUCUUUGUCAUAUUUUCACUUGCAUCUUUUCUGUUUUUGUUUCGAGCCUUCGUUGCCUGUGUCGCUGUUGUAGUUAUGGUCAUCAUCCCUCCUUGCUCUUGUUUCUUAUUUUUGUUGGUUGUUUGGUUUUAGAGUGGUGCCUGCUGACUGCACGCAGGCAGAUGAUUGUGCGAUCAGUGUCCCAGCUCAGUUGUAUAGUGUUGAGUGGAGGGUUGUUCUUUUUUUACAGUAGCAUGUAAUGGCUGAGCCUGGCUGCUGCUUCCUCGAGCCAAGGGAGUAGCGGGAAGGAGGAGAGGGGGUGUUGUGUGCGCUGGCUUCGGAGGUGGGGAUGUUGCAUGGGCUGCAGUGACCACUGCAUUUUGCAGUGCAAAGGAAGGGGAAAAGAAUACUUGCAGCCAAAAGUUCCUGUUUUUUUUUUUUUUUUUUUUUUCCCAUCCACGUGACAAGCUUGUUGUGCUUUAUUUUCCUUCUUUUUUCACGAGGGCACUUUGUCUCAUGUGCUGCAUUAUUUGGGGCCUCAUUGACUUGCGUGUCUGCAGAGGUUUUUCUCUAUUCAUACUUUUUUUUCUUUUUUUUCUUGCACUGUUCGUGCAGCCUGUACAAAGCGUGGUGGGUGCAUUUGGCACCUUUCUCGGUUGUUAAUGCCAAUGCGUUUGGUUUUUUCCUCUGCCUAAAGAAAAGAAAAUGUCGGUAGUCACAGAGGUUUUGUUGUUGGGCCAGCUGAAUUUUGCUGCUCACUUUCAUUCCUUAGCUGUGUACUUUUUUUUAAACUGCUUCGCGCGACCUCUUCUGCCAAUCUCGUCUUUUUAGCCAACCUUCCCGUCGUAAUUUGUGCUUACUCCGGCCCAUUCACUUUGCACAGUUAAAUGACACACACAUUGCCUGGUGUGUACACAUCUUCUACAUGUACCUCAAUUUACAUCUUAAUUUCGAUGUCAUGCAGCUAUGUGGCAUGCAGCCUCAUGCUGGUUGGAUAGGAACAGGAGCAGAAGUGCAGUUUUCGUUGUUAUACAUGUUCUUUUCCUGCUGUUUGUUCUUUCCUCACGCAGCCCGUCAUUAUGCUUGCAGUCGUUGCGAGCAGCAUAGUGCAGGUUUCUCCUGAUUCUUCUUUUUUUCUUACGAUUUUACAAUCAGCUUGUCUUUAUGUGUUGCUUCAUCUGACUUGUGUAGCGUGUUGCCUGCAGUCUUUUCCUUUCUUCUUGUAUUUGUUGAGUGUACAUUCUGAAAAAAAAGGACAAUUUACCUUUAGAGCUAUCUUUCUUUUUUUUUCUCAGUUUUUCAUUGCCAUUUUCUUUUUCAUUCGCAGUGCAUUUGCAUCUCUAGUGUGCCUGAUGUUACGUACACACACAUAUAUAUAUAUAUAUAUAUAUACACGCAUAUACUUACCAUGUUAUUAUUAACGGUGAUGGAGAGUUUGCUGCCACGUGUUCUACUCCCUUGUGGCGCUUGAGUAUACGCGCUGCUGUGUUGUCGCUUUGCGCUCGAGUAAAGUUGGGCAUCGCAUGUGUGUUGCCAGCAAUAUUGUGGAGGGGUGGGAUGGCAGCAAGCAGCAACAGCCAAGGGCGAGCGCUUACACCAACAUUCCAUGGCAGCCACUUUUUAGGCGCUCUAUAUAUUUUUCUUUAAACUGUUGAGAGAGGAAAUUGCCUUCUUUUACCAGAUCUUAUACAACCCCCCCUCCUGAUGAAUAACUUGUUGUGCCCUUCCCUUUGUCUUCGUUUUGAGGAGUCUUGCCCUUAAUGAUGAAGAAAGACAAAAAAGAAAACCUAACUUCUUUGCCUUCUAUUGAGAAACAGUACAAUGCCUUCUUUUCCCAACAUGUGGCGGCAAAACCCAUAUUACACAGUGUUCAUUUUUAUAACAUUCUUUUCCUUUCCUUUAAAAAGCCCUUUCUCUGUUCGGUGCCUUUCUUGUUUUUCCUUUGCAAGUUUUUGCAAGCAUCCAUGUGUGCAUACAUUUACAUGCAUCUAGUCAGAAUCUUGAGCACAUGUGUGCUUUUUUUUUUGUGUGUGUGUGUGUGAGCUUAUUAGAAAGGUGUUGACAUUUUGAAAGAAGUGUACCCUGCUUUCCUUUUUGGAAGCUGACCCUUUGGCUUUGCAGUUUUAUCAUCAUUGCUUCCUUUCUUUUCCUUGUUUGCUCUUUGACCUUACAUUUAAUUGAGGUAUUUUAUGGCUAUUAAAAUCUUGUUAGUGCCUGUAUAAGCAUAUGAACCUCGCUUUGGAAAGUGCUUUUCCGUAGAGUGCUUUAUUGAUGUGCAUAGAGGUUUGGUGAGUGUCUUACCAUGCGAGGGGGGCACCAGCUGUUUUGGGUGCAUUGCGUUUCCUUUGGCAUUGCGUUUCCUUUGUCCUGCCAAAAAAGAAAUGCCCCAAAAAUUGGGGUGUGUCAUGCACCUGUGCUUGGAGCAAAGAAUGGCUAUGUAGUGCUUCAGGCGCAUUCAGUGAGUAACAAAAAAAGAAAAGAAGGGGUCUUGUGGCAGGUAUCAACUUCAGAGGAACAAAGUGAAGCAUAAUAGGACUUCUCACAUUUACAAGAUUUUUUCCUUCUCUCGUGUGUUUUUCUUAUUUUGGUAAGCUUGUGAGUUGUAGGGCUUUGUUUUUUGCAGUGUGUUUUUCGUGCGCAUGUGUGGUGAUACGUCUUUUUUUUUUUUUUAUUCGCUUAUUUUACAAAUCACUGUGACAAGACUGUGACACUCAUUUUUAUUUCUCAAAUGUUGGGGACAGACAUUUCCCCAACUGACAAGCCUUUAUUUGCACGUAGUCUGCCAAUAUUAUUAUUAUACAAUAUGAAUAUUAUACUAUUGUAUACUAUACAUUACCCGAAGGGGAUUGUUUUCUGGGGAAAGGGCAGUAUUUUUUCCAAUGUUUCUUCUCGCAGGGUCCUUAAUAUUCUGUUUUAUUUUUGUGUCUUUCAGUGAAGAGAGAGCUGUUUGUGGAGUACAUAGAACGUGCCUCUCAUCUGCUUUAUGGGGUUGAUGAGACGAGGCCUUUUUUUUUUUCCCCUUUCCCUUGUCGAUACUUUUACAAACCAUACAAAAUUUGUUUUAUCUUCUUUUUUGCAUAAUCUUUGUUGGCAAGUAGCUUAGGGUAUACUGCACUGCUUCACAUUUACUGUUCUUAACAUUUGCGAGGUCAUCUCGUACACUGUCGCACCAUAUCUGCUAGUGCCUUUCUGUUAACAUUGAGCAAAGACUAGCUCGUGCAGCUUUCAUUUUCCUCACUUGCUGUUGUUCACUGCAAUUGCCACGACUCAUCCACUAUGCACACCAUUGCUCUUUUAUUGGCAGCAUAUAUCUGUUAUCUCCUGAAUCAUCUUGCCAUAACAUUGGAAAGAAAGAAAAAAAGCAGUUUGAAGAAUGUAGGUACGAAUUUCCUCUCUCCUUGCACAUUUUAUUCCCCUUACCCACUCUUCAUGAGAUAAAUGUAUGCUUUUUUUUUUUUGUGACACUUGUUUACUGCUUAGGCUGUUUCUGCAGCUUGUACUACCAGACUAGUCCAUUUAUAUUGAGACAGUGUGAAAUGAAGCUUACACAAACUUAGUAUCGAAGACUGCAUGAGUGAGAUUUAGGGAUUAGAAAGAAUGGGUAACCACUGUGCUGACCUCCCCCCCCCUCCCUUCAUUUGUUUGUUUUUACUGCCUUUUACCUCAGUAGCCUCACACAUGCACUACACCCCUUGUUUGUCGUUGGGUUCUCCAUGUCUAGCAGGAAGUAGAUGUCGGGUGUGUCCGAGUUAACCACGCAGUGAACAAGCCAUGUGUGUGUGUGUGUGUGUGUGUGUAGGAAGAGAGCCUAUUUUUUUGCGUUUUCUUUUUCCACUCUUAAUCUAUGCAAAAAUGUUAUUUUGCCAGUGGCAUGCGCUUGCAACACUGGUUGGCCACUGCGGUUUUGCUGUAAGAGCUCAGUCAGUAUUUCAGGGGGCCCAGUCUUGCUUGCUGCGGUUGUGGCAUUCUCUCUCUCUCUCCUCGCCCUACCCCGUUUUUCCGAGUCUCCCUUUGUGGUGUGGCAUUGCCUGCUUUACCAAGGACAAGCGCCACUGAACACUCGAAUAAUACUAGAGCAAUAAAAAGGCGUGCUAGACGCUACACAGUGAGGCCCCCAGAGAAGUCGCUUUUUCAGGCCAUAAACUGCUUCAAUUUGCACUUACACAGUUUCUGAUGCUGCCGUGACCGGGUUUCCCCUCUUGCUUUCCCGCUCCUGGUUCUUGCAGUCUGGGAGGUUUGUUGUCCUGGCAUUUGCAAUGGGAGAGGCGAGUCUCGUGUAGUUGGCAUGCGACGUUGAAGACAGGGCCACCUGGGCAUUAUUGCAGUCAUAGCUGCCUCGUUUGGCCACACUGGGAGAGGCAUUAUGCUGAAGUUGGUGUGUUUGUCAGCUGUCGUUGCCACGAUUCUUGGGUGCUCUGUUUCACUAGUGCUAUCGAUGUAGUGUGCACUCUUUAGUGUUUGAUCAUAAAAAUGCAGAUUCUUCAUGUGAAUGAAGGUUGCAGUUGAAGCUUGCCGUUGCAGUCCUGCAGUUCGUCUGGCAGGCCUCUUGCUUUGUGCAGUGAAGGGGCGAAACUUGACUCUUUACAUUGUGCAGCGUUGAGCUUGCCUGGUUGGCUGUAGGAGUUCUAUAAUGCAACUCGGCAAGUGCUUUGGCCAAGGGAAAGUGUCUUGCACUCUCUUUACGAAGACUGCUCAUGUAGAGUUGCCGCUAGAAAGGCACUACUUCGAAAGAAACACACCAGAGAAUCAUGGCCACAAAUGGUGCAUGGCAUGGCAGAAACGCCCAUUUUGGCAUAAGGUUUUACAGUGUGGUUUGAUUGCACAGGGUGUGGAGAUAUCUUCUUGUUGACACCAUCAAAGGUUUCCUAGUGGCAGGCAAAGCGUCUGAUGAGCUGCUAAUCCUAUGUGGCAGACGUCUUUAGCGGCAUGCCCAGUGCAGCAGUGCGUGCAGACAUCGAGGGGAAGACGUGACUUCGCAUUGCUAGCGUUUCCAGUGCUUCCGGGCGUUAAAUAUAUAUAUAUAUAUAUACUAUAUAUACACUUCAUUUUGUCUCAUUCCUCGAAUUCACUCGACCCCCUACUGCACCACUUCAAGACAGAGGAGACUCCUUAUUGCUUUAUAUCUCUCUCUCAUUGUAAAAGCCGAAAGUAGACCAAAUUCCUUGGGCCAUCCUUGUUGCAAGUGAUGUCAUGUGGUAGUUCUCUGAAGUGUUGAGAAAAAUGUCGACGAAAAGCGUGAAAAAACAAGUUAUUUUUUCUCCCUCUUUUCAAUCCCCCCGAUGUUUCCGUGGUUUACACUUUUGAGACGUUUAAUGUUUAUGUAUUUUACACGAGCACUGAUAUAUUUUUGGUGCUGUUUUACAAUGGCAAGAAGUUAAAGUGGUAAAAAUAAAAAAAAAAUAGAUGUGCAGUUCACCUAAGCUUGCAGACAGCAAGUAUGUUACCAUACUGAGCAGGAGAGGAUAGGAGGUGACGAAAAAAAAAAGUCAGAGCAGCCAUUUUUUUGCCAUCCAAGCUGGAUCUUGUUGAGAUUUUCGCGCUGGCUUUGUGCCUACAUGGCUGUUCAUUACAUAAGUGGAGGUGAUGGAGAAGAAGAGAAAAAGCAAGUUGAAGUAUAUAUACAUAUAUAUGUUGGUACAAAGCAGUUUUUUCUUGUCUCGGUUGCAUGGCUCGCGUGAGCGUUCAAGACACUAUUGUCUGGGCAUUUGCUGAACCAUGCAUCCGAGAUACUCGGUUAUAUUGCAUUUACUUGUACUAUUUUUGGAAAGCAGUUAAAUGGAAAUGAUUUGUAACAAUGUUUCAUGUUAAUUCCAAUAAAAGGCAGUUGCAACCGUU